UGUAUCAAGAAACGUCUACUUUCAAGAUGUUACUUGAACCUCUAGCAAUUUGUCUGAUGGUUUCGAUGGCGUUUGCUGAACCGAUUAAGAAAUAUAAUUACGAAUGUGAAACGCGCACGGGUAACUUUGAAGGAGACAUGCUGCUGCAACAGCGCCAGCUGGACACGAUCCGUACCGGAAGACAACCCGUGGUCACCGAAGUGGACAGAUGGAUCAACAAUGUGGUCCCGUACGUGCUCGAUUCGGAAUAUUUAACAAACUACCAUGGACAGCAAGUUCGCCAAGCCAUGACCCAAAUAGAGCUGGUCAGCUCGGUUCGGUUUGUGCCCAAGCAGCACGAUGUCGUAGACUACCUAGUCAUAUCCGGUGAACCAACGGGAGGAUGCUGGGCCACGCUGGGACGGAAUCGGGGACUCAACCGGAUGAAUCUGGCAACGGGCGAGUGCUUCUCCGAGGGAACCAUCGUGCACCAGCUGUUGCAUGUUUUGGGCUUUGGCCAUGCUACGAACGCGCUGGAUCGUGAUUUUCACGUGGAUAUCGAUUGGGACCAAGUUCGGCCCGAACAUUAUGAGGGUUUGGCGAUCUACCCGGGGGUGGCCAUGCCGGACUUUGGAGUUCCGUUCGACGAGGACAGCAUCAUGAACUUUGGGACGACGCACUUCGGUAGAAAUGGUUCGGUUACCAUCAGGGUUAAGCACGGUGCCCAAUCGUUUGGCCAAAGAGAUAAGAUGAGCGUGAAGGACAUCAUGAAACUAAAUAAAAUGUAUCCUUGUGGAUGGUGUUGAAAUUUGGAUGUCUUACCCAGCGUAAAAUAUUAUAAUCUCUCUAUGUUUUAUUCAUGUACCAAAA